AUGGACUUUCCAAAGCCCGUCUCCGACGCCUCUCUUCCCCCAAUGUCCACCUCCGCCGCAACCCGACUCUCCGCCAUUGAAUCCGCCAAGCGCGCCGCCGCUCAACUUGCAGUCAAAGAGCACUUCGAUGCCGAAGCUCGCUACAUCGGCAUCGGAUCCGGCAGCACGAUCGUCUACGUUGUCGAAGCCAUAAAAGAGCUCAAGGACCCCCGCAUACAAGACAUCCUCUUCGUUCCUACAGGCUAUCAAUCGCGGCAGGUGAUACUCAAAGCCGGCCUCAAAGACAUGAAGUUCGAUUCCCUACCCGCCGACACCCUUCUUGAAGUCGCCUUCGACGGCGCCGACGAAAUAGACGAGGACCUCAACUGCAUAAAAGGCGGUGGUGCCUGUCUCUACCAGGAAAAGCUGGUAGCGACUCAAGCGUCGAAAUUCAUCUGUGUGGCCGACCACCGCAAACUCCAACCCCGCCUACUGACCACUUGGCCUACUAUUCCUAUCGAAGUGGAGCCACUGGCUGUGACGACCGUAAUCUCUGCUUUGAAAACACUCGGCUCUUCCGCGCCGUUUGUGAGGGAAGGGCUUAUUCAGAAGGCUGGGCCUAUAAAGACGGAUCAGGAUAACUUUAUCGUCGAUGCGCCAUUUCCCUCUUUACUCCUCUAUACCGACAUUGAGCAAGCGGCCAAGCAGGGGGUUAAGGGGCUCAAAGGCCAGGGCGAGGAUGGCCAGUGGGAAGUACAGGCACUGGCGAAAGAGAUUAAAGCCAUUGAGGGAGUUCUGAGCGUCGGUCUAUUUGUGGGAGAGAAUGGAGUGCAAGCCAAGGCAAGGGGGAAGAUCGCUGGUGGCCAGAAACCCAUCGCGGCGUAUUUCGGAAUGGAAGAUGGCAGUGUGGCUGUCAGGAUGACACAGGAUGAUGGCACUGUCGUUCUGAGGAAGUGA